GAUAGGUUCAACUAUAAUAAUACUGUUUAGGUUUUUGGACAGAAUUCAGCACGGGCCAAGACGGAGCUUUCAUACGCCAAGAAAUUACAGAACGACAUCCACAACAGUUCAGCUGUACCAUGGCUUGCGAAACCCCCAAUCACACACAAUACCCCUCUUUGCGACCUUCACCAAAUCAAAUACGGCGGUGGCUGGAAUCGGGUAGAAUUGACGGGUACAGAGCAUCGUAACUGGUUCACCUGCCUCCCCAGGCUCUUUUGUCUGUCCGCCUCCGCGGGAAGUUCCAUCAUGGGAACACACUCAAUGGAGCUCUCAGCUGGCAUACAGCUGAAAGCUCAACCACUGGCAGUCCUGGAGGCAUCACGUACAGUAGUAAACCCUGGGAACCUUGCAGCGUGGAGUUGUCGACAUGGCAGAAACAGAAGUUAUACUUCUCACUCUCCUUCCAACAGAGCCGCGCGAAGCAAAAGAUUUUACCGACGACAUCUCGAACAUCAAGAUCGAGGUCUUUGACCUUACCGUCAACGACAGCAAGACCGGUGUUCCCGUUGGAGUCGCCGAGGGCGCGACCCAGUAUCCAUACUAUGUUCCUAUUGAAAUUGUUCCCCGCCAGGACGAUAAACCUCCAGAGUUGAAACCUGCCAUCAUCCAGCAUUUCGACACGGAAAUCAUCUUUCCCCCACCCGAGCCCCCAGAGUUACCAUUAAAACCAAUACCAAAGUCCGUUGCUACGGCCGUCAUCGUAGUCAAGCUGAACACUGCAGUCCGCCGCGAGUUCGAGUCUCUGGACCUUCGCAUCGUCGUGACCCGCGGAGACACCCAGGUGGGAAAAAUCACCCCACUGGAAUACAAUGUUCCCAUCAGAAAAAUUCAGGAACCGCUAUCCGUCAAUCCAGCGGAUUGGACCAGCUAUGAAGUCGAAGACGGGGACCCGGUGUGGAGAGCUGGUUAUCUCUUUAUACCUCCCACGCCCAAGCGGUCGUCGACCCGGCCCGGUUUGAACCUCGGUGGGGACGGUGUGACGCCAGUGUUCGCAGAUCUCGUCCUCGCGGUGAAUAAAGUCCUCGAGGAUGACCAUUCCAGCAAGGAUAAGGACGGCCACACGUCGCUGGAGAAGCGAGCGACUCCACUAGAUGCGACGCAAGCGCUACAGGUGGCUCGUGAACUCGUCUUCGAUCGCGUCACCUUUCCUCUGCCGCAACCUAAGAAAAAAUCAUUGGCGGACAUGUACGGAAAUCCCAAAGUAGAGGCGCAGGACGACCAAGAACGACAGCAGUUCGAGGCGGAUCUGCAAGCGUACCACUCCCAGCACGACGCGGAGGCGUUGCAGCUCGCAAACUACAUCUACGCCGCGUCUGCGGCCAUCGAGUGUGAGAGGAGCACCCUGAACGCAUCCUCCGCGGGUUUGACGUUCGAUGUUGUGGCCCAUCCGCCCAACCCAAACGCCCCCUUUCCAAGGAAGUCCAUUCUUCUGAAUGGUGUGAAUAAUGCCUCGACUGAAAAGGGUGUCUCGUUCGGAGUGCCAGCGGCCUUCUUCUAUGCACUCGGCUGCACUCUGCCGACCCAGCUCAACGCGAACGAUCGCCUGACUGCGGCGUACGUAGCGGCGGAGCCAUCAAUCCUCAAAACGCUGCAGGCGGCCGAGGACAAUGGUGUGUUGAAAGAGCAGGAGUCGGCACUCACAAAUACCGAAAACCAAUUCCUAAAGAAUUUAACCGUCGAACAAGCUGCUCGUCGGCUUGCUGCUCUUGGGGCUACCAAGGGUAACCUUACCAUUGUCCAACUAGAUACAAGCAUCGAAGACUUGGUCAAAGACUGGCUCAAUUUUGCUCAAGAUUCGUCCUCGCUGGAAUCAUUUUGGGUGGGCGUGAGUACUACCCGAGCAGGACAGUACCUCGAGCUGCUGCUAGAUGUUGUGGCCGCCGAGAAGAAGGCGCUCAAAGGUGAGAUCAAAACGAACUUGACUAUAAACGACGUUGUAGGUCUUUCAGCGGUGUCAGACAAAGCAUGGCGUAAGUUUUGGCUGCCAGUUAAGCAGAACCCCGAAGAUGGCACUCCUGCAACGCGGGCAGGUCUCCUGCCCAGCUACACGCUGCCAGGAUCGCCAAAGCAGCGAACCGAGGCCUUCAUCAAACACAUCAGGACGCUCUUCACCGUCACCGAGGUGACCAUCCAGAGCCGGUUCCAGGGUCAAAAUGACGUGCCGACGCUCGGUCGCCAACAAAGUGACGUCCUCCAGAUGUUCUUUGACGCUCUGCCAGGGUUCAGCUUUGCGGUUGCUCUUGACGACAAUACCAUAGACAACACAUUGAGCAGCCUCCCCAUAGAUGACAGAUUGAAGAAAUGGACCAAAAAGACGCUACACAUCAUCGCGUUCUUACAUACGAUUACGACGUUUGGGCAGCAGGACAAACAGUCCGACCCAGAGCAAUUCUCCCUGAUGGAAGCGCUCUACGCGCGCGGGUUCAUCACCGCGGACCGCAUUGCGAUCCUCUCCAAAGCUCAAUUCUGCGAAGCCAUGGCUGGGACCGUUGCCUAUCGACAAGCUCCUUCAGGAACGUCGAUUGCAGAGAAGAUAUAUGAGAUCGCAGCGCCUAUGUCCACCGUCACGCCGAAUAUAGGGCGAGAACCUGAUUUCUCCUUUUCACCUAUCAACCCGGGUCAACUGGUAGACUGUAUACCCCCGUCGUAUCUCUCACCAUUCGGGCCAUUCAUGUACCUUCGGCUUCUUCUCUCGCUCAAACUAAUCUCAGCCACCUCUGAUCCGGCUGUGGAAGUCACCUUGGGUGAAAUCCUGCAAAGCAGACGCGGUCCGCUCGGGACGCUCCAGGUUUCCCCAGCAAACAUGGAGAUAUGUGUCCCACUCAUUGACAUGGCCAACGAGAGCCUCGAAGCGCUCGUUGUACAAGUCAACUCAGACAGCAGCACAUUGCAUGGUGCAAUCUUUGACACCGAUGAUCAAAGCAUGUGGGAUCUUUUCUCGUUUGGUCCGAAAGAAGGCGAACUUGAUCCCGAAAAAGCGCUCCUUGCAAUUCCCCAGCACUCUUCUCCCUACCUGCGCCAUCAACAGUCAGAAACCUAUCGCAUCCUCCAACAGGACUUCUCCUCGCCGCUUCUGCCUUACGACCAGGAGCUGGACAUCAAUCGUACCUACUUGUCGGCUCUCGGGCAGUCUCGUUUCGAUGUGAUGCACACCUUUCGCGGGUCCAUUACAGAAUUCGUGUUGGAUCCGUCCAGGGAGCCAUCUGGGUUCAAUGCGAGCCUGUGGCGAUACCCUGUGCGCGUCGAUAUUGCCAUAGAAUACCUGGGCAUCUCGCAGUACGAAUACCAGCACCUUUUCAUUUCCACUCUCACGGAGUCAGAGCUCCGCAUCAAUUACGGUUUUCCUGCAAAUGACGGUGAAGUCUGGGUUUAUGAACUCUCUUCCCUCCCUGUGUUCCUAGAAAGAACUGGUCUGUCGUACUGCGAGUUUUACGAACUCUGGAAGACUCACUUCGUUGAUAUGCGUGUCAUGCCCAAGUCGGGGGAAACAGAAUUGGAAGAUGGGCUUCCCGUCUGUGAACCCUGCUGUCUCUCGUCCAUCCGGAUCAGGUUUGGGAAAGACAGUAGCGAAGAGUCUGCACAAAGUCCGGCAUUGAUGGCGUUGUACAAGGUUCUCAUAUUUGUUCGUCUCUGGCGGAAGCUCGAGUUGCGGUAUGGUUGCGGAUAUGUGUCGAUGAAUGUCCUGGCGGCGGUUUGUGACGUUCUUGGGCUCUUUGAAAACAAUACUCUCGGAGUCAACGCAGACUUUAUCCGCCAGCUGAUUGCGCUGCUCAUUCUCUCCGACGAGUUUUGCCUACCUCUUUGGGAGGAAGAGCCCAGCAAAUACUCUUCGGAUCACGAACAUGGAGAGACUCGCAGGGUCGUGCCACUCCUCGCACUCUGGGCCGAUCCUUCAUUGAAAUCGAGACAGGCUAGACAUGCCGUGCAAUUGUUUGUUGAGGGAAUAGCAUCCUGUGCUCAACAAAAGCACAACUGUGUCCCCCGCACGGCACAAUUCAACAAGGUGGUGGAGGAACAUCUUUCUGCCCUUGCCAAGCUGGCAGGCUUUACGGACGACGUGCCAUGGCAUGCCAAACCGACGUGCACCUUACGGUUUGCCGAAGUAUUGACCAAGAUCUAUGCAUCACCGUUCACCGUUGGCGAGAUGCUGUUUCUCUUCACAAACGAUCAACAUCUCCAGGGUGACGAUCCGUUCCCGUACACCGAAGAGGACGAAUCGAAAGAUGAUCCCCUCAAUGUGCCCGAGGAUGAAAACACCUAUGGGUUGUGGCAGCUACGAAAGAAACUUCUAGAGGCAUGCGUCGACGAUGAACAAGUCGAUCGUUGGUCGUGGCGAAAGAUCGAGCACAGCCUGAGAGGGGAUUUCGGACUCAUCCAGUCCGACAAUCCAACUACCGUCGAUGCCCUUACUGCCUUUGCGGAACACUUCUUCCCACACGUCUUAGACUCUUUUGAAAGCACGAUUCCGCGGGUAAGGAGACAGUUCAGGACGCCAUUAAAUCCCAAGGAUACCAACCCACUGAUGUGGGAAGCCGACCGCUGUGGGCCGUUCCACUACAGUACAUCAACGUCGGAGCUCUGGAUCGAACUACCACUUCGAGACAAAGAUGUGAUUGAUAAGCUGGCACACACCCGUCAACUUAACAGCGCCGGGAGUGGCGGCCAGAGCGAGAUUGAUGCGGUCAGGGAGCUGUAUUUCGCGCCGAGGCGGAUGCUUGCGCCUUUUACAUCCAUUUUCGGAAAUCUGGCACACGCAAUAGACGCCUUGGUCCAGGAACCAUGCGAGAAGAAGAGGUUCAGUUACUUCCAGAAAUGUUUUGCGCUAUUUCAUCGACGGUGUGAAAUCGAAGCGGAACACCUGAUGGAGCAUGUUGAGCACGUCACCGGGAACUGUCUCGGAUGCGACUGCCAUGGACACAAUACCGAUGAUAACGAUUGCGAUGCACGCGCAAGAAGAGCUGUUGCGUGGGAGGUCAUCAAACGUCUUAUCGCCGACGAGAACAACCCACAGGAGCUGCCGUGGGAGCGAGACUCUGGUUCAGCGCCCUCAAGGGAUGAAUUCAUGUGGGAACCCGGUUUCUGCGGGAGUGCCUUCUCCGCGCUCUUGGGAUUAACAGGUACCGGUAUCCUCGGCGAGUUUAAAACUAAGGGUUCUGCGAAGACCGUGUGGAAAGAAAUCCGCGGACCAAUGUCUGCCUUUGGAUGCUUUUUGGAUGAGAGCAACGUACCUGUACCCACGGUCAUUCCUGCACUCGAUCUCGUCACAACCGCGGAGCAGCAGCUUAACGUCACGUUCCGGAAUGGAUUGGCUCUGGACGAUGACACAGCAAAACAGCUCGGUGGGGCCCAGCCGUUUAGCGUUACAUGGAAAGGCAUCCUGCUCAUUGAGAAGGGCGGACACUACAAGUUCGCCGUACAUAGGCCGACGUUCGGACUCCACUGCCACAGUGAAGCCAGCGAUGGCGAGAGCUGCGAUGAAGCAAAUUGGCACGUCAGGAUCCACCGGGGCCGGAAAUCGUGGACGGUCGCAGAGCACAACCCAUCUGCAAAACAUAGAGAUGUCAUUUCGGUUUGUCUUUCGCGUGGGGCAUAUGAUAUUGAGGUGCAGCUCGAGCAGCCAGAGCCGGAUUAUGCUCAAGACGAGCCGCAAGAUCACACUCAUACCGGCUUCAGCGUCCGUUACUGUGGACCGGACACAGAGGAUGUGCUCGUUAACAUUCCCAUCGACAAGCUGUUCAUUAAAUCCAAGGACUCUCCGUUGAACCUCCAAAACGAGGAGGCGGACAGUAAUAUGGAUAGAUUUUUAUCGGAACAGUACAUUAGCACCUUCCGUGAUAUACGCCGCACCUAUCAAAGAGCAUUUAAGGCUCUCCUUUUCACCUAUCGAUUCGGUCUAUCUGCCGAGCCUCUGGACUGUUGUCAAAGCGAGUCGGAACUCGGAUUCAUUCUGGACCAUCCCUUGAACUUUCAGGGCGUGAGUUACUACGUGGGACAAGAUGAGUCGUCCAGGGAGGCAGAGGCACAGCCUUCCACAACAUAUGUCAUCCAUCGUGCCAACCUCGACUUCAACUUCCUUCCCGUCGGAGAUGCAUACUGCACUCCCACCAGAGACGAUGAUGACCGCUCCGACCCGUCCGCCCAGCGCAGUUCGGCCCUCUUCGAUUGGUGGGAGCGAAUAUUCGACUACCGACGCCUCGCUCGCUGGGUCGACGAAGCCGACACCUGCAACGGCCCCGUCUGGCGCCUAUUCUACGAAGCCGCCACCCAAGCGCCACGCGACCCGGCAACUCUUCUCCGGUUGUUAGGUGUCGAACUGAGCCUCGCAUCGCUCGUACGCAACUACUUCGAGAACUUCACCGUGCAGAGCACCCAUCUCGAAGAUGAGCGGUGGGCCAUUCGCAUCUGGCGCGCCUGGAAGGCUGUGCAGAGGAUGCAGGGCGCCUUGCACAGCAAGAGCUUCGCGCAGGCGCGUCCGGCGUUGUGGGCCGCGACAGCACCGAGCGAGGCGGUUGAUGGGCAGGAUCCUGACUUGGGCCGAACAGGGAAACAGAAUCUGAUGUGGUUUGUCACAAAGAGUUUCCUGGUCGACCGAGAUGAUAACCCGGAUUACGACGCUGUCAAGACGUUGAACGAUGGUUUGAGAGUCCGCGCCAACAAAGGACUCGUUGCAUACCUCUGCGGACUAGAUCGAGUACAGCUCUCCUUUCAGCCAGACACGGAAACAGCAAAGAAUGCACAAGACCUCUCAGCUUUGCUGCUUCAGCAGAUUGACGUAGGGCUUUGCGAAACCGCAAAUCGGGUUGACGAGGCAAUCUCCUCAGUUCAGAUGCUCGUACAGCGGCUGCAGCUCGGGCUGGAGACGAAGUUUCGUUUACCACCCGAGUUCACUAAACAGUGGGAUAGCGUCAUUGCGUCCUUCGAACAGUUCGAGCAAUUCGCCCGCCGUGUGUAUUACAGCGAGAACUGGAUCCAGUGGGAAGAGCUCAGGGUAGCAAAGGACUCAGAAGCUUUCACAUUCCUCGAGCACAACUUGGACGUGCACAGUUUAGCGGUACCCAAAGCGUCGCCGCCAUUCUCUUUGACUGGGAGUGCAUCGCUUCCAAAGGGCUGCGGGCUGUCUCCAGCACAAGCAGCGGAGUUUCUUGUGACAAACCGACAGACUAACUCUGUUGAUCAAGGCAUCGGAAUCCUGGGGACUCCAGCAAGAUCGGCUCAGCGCUCCUGGCUGUCGUCAAGUCCGGGAGUGGCGAAGAAACCCACCGAUAAUGACCGUCCUGCAGAAGAUGGCGACAGAGACAGCCCUGUAGGCCUUCACGCCCUGUUACCGGCGCCAGAUGACCAAGUCAAGAUCCCUAUGUGGUUCCAAGCCGCGGUUCGCCUAGGGACUACCUUCAUCCGCGUAGCAGCCGCUUCUGUACCUCCAGCAAUGUGGGCGUCACGAGACGAAGAGUCUCCGUUCGUUGAAACCUCGUGCCACUGUGGGAAGUCGCACGCGCCGGUAAUGGACGAGUACUACUUCUGGCUCGAAAAGGGCGAGUAUUUCAACGACGAAAACGCCAUUCAGGACGCAAACCUGGGCGUUGUCCCGCCCGAUCCCACCACAGACUGGGAGCGCGACGAAACUCUGCCGAAACUGCUUCACUGGCCAAAACAGCAUCUCGUUCAUCUCCACUGGACUCGCAUCCAUUAUCGAGAAUUCUCGCCACCCGGUAGGUCCUCAGAAGGCCAACCGUACGAUCCACGCUCCGAGUCACCCAGCCUUGCGUUCAACGGCCGACGAUCAGACUCCCUCUUCUUCACUCUCUUUGGCAGUGCCAACCGGCAAUUCCGCUACGACAUUGCGACGAACGCAGCGGUCGCGCUGCCGCAAACCAUCGAAGACGCGCUUCCCACUACUCCCGUUCCUGCACCGCUGACUGCUUUCCCGUUCUUUGCGUACUUUAGCCCCGGUGCGCCAAUCUUCCCAACAUCUUCCUUUGGCUCGGCGCUCGCGGUUGCGGGAGCAUUGCGUGCGCAGUGCAGGUUUGAAGAAGCGCUAGCGUGGUGCAAGGCUGCGUUCAACCCGCUGGAGCGCGAGAAUACUUGGGCGCAGUGUCGUCAACUUGCCCUUUUCGCAAGGAGUACUGCUGGAAACCCUGGCCAUAUGACGCUGAUGGGUGUCGAAGUCAUGAGUGAACGACGUGUCGCCGCAUAUGUGGAUGGUCCUUGCUGCCCCACCAGUCCUGUCCAAAUCGGCAUAUCACGGGCUCGAGCGGUUGUAUUGGAGUAUCUGCAGAUCUUGCUCGAAUGGGGUGAUGCUCUCCAUUGCAAAAACACUUUUGAAUCGAGGAAGCGGGCCCUGGUGCUGUUCAACGAGGCCAUCAGGCUUCUGGGUCCCAAGCCUUCCAGGAUUCAUGGAAAGACCACCGUGAUCCCGGUUCCCAGACUAUCGACACUUGAUUCCAAUAUAAGUACGGAAGGGGAUAGCAAGUAUGGCACAGUCUCACAGUUCGUACCCGGUGCGGCGCCACUAAACCCCAAGCUGCUCCAGUUGUACGAGCUCGCAUACCACAAGAGAGACCUGAUCCAACGUUGCGUAGACGCUAACAAGCUGGAUAUGCAUCCGACGUGUAAGCAAGGUGCAAAGGGCCUGAUUGACAGCUCCCGGGACUCGUGUGGGUGCGGGAUAGGUCAAGCAGAGUGCCGCCUUCCAUACAAGUUCACAUUCCUUCUAGCCAAAGCUCUCGAUCUCGUCAAUGCAGUCAAAGCCCUCGGUCAGUCCCUCCUGGUUGCCAUUGAGAAGGGCGACGCGGAGCAUCUAGCAUCCCUACGCCAGGCCCAUGAGCGCCAGAUGAACGAUCUGAUUCUCGGGACCAAGCAGAACGCGUACCGCGAGUCCGACUGGCUAGUGCAAACUCUGGAGCAGCAGAUGCAGGGCGCGCAGACGCGGCUGCGAUACUACCAACAACUGCUCAAGAACGGCCUCAAUGCGGGCGAGAAUGCCUACCUGUCUGGCACUGCCAUGGGAAUGCAAACGCGCAUGGGGGGCAACAUCUCCGAAGGCAUAGGCCAAGGCAUGUCGUUCAUCCCAGACUUCACCGUGGGAGGCGCUGGUGUCGCGGGCAGUCCCGUAGCCAUCAACCAGCUCCCGCUGGGUUCGAAGCUGGCCGAAGUGUUCCAGGCGGCCGCUCGCAUCCUCAACGUCGUUGCCGACGUAGCCAACACGACGGCCAGCGUGGGCAGCACCCAAGGCGGCUGGGACCGGCGUGCAGAAGAGUGGCAGCACCAGGUCGACGUCGUCACGAUUGAGAUUGCUCAGAUCAAGAGGCAGCAGCUGGCCUCGCAGCGGAGACGCGACAUUUCGCUGCGGGAGCUGAACAACCACCAGAUACAAAUUGAAAACUCAGCCGAAGUGGACGCGUUCCUAAACGACAAGAUGUCCAAGCAAGAUCUCUACCUGUUCUUGCAGCAGGAGACGGCGACGCUGUACCGGCGCACCUUUGACCUCGCAUGGCAGACGGUCAAGGAAGCCGAGGCGGCGCUGCGGCACGAACGACGCGACUUGGGCGACCUGGCUGCAAGUGCCUUGCCUCCAGAACUCGGACCGGCGGGAUGGGACAAUUUGCAUUCAGGACUCAUGGCGGGAGAGAAGCUCGAAUACGCACUGCGCACGCUCGACCGCAUGUAUCUGCGCGAGUCCGGCCCUCGCGACUACGAACUCACCAAGCGCCUGUCUCUGCGCUUGCACUUCCCUCUUGCCUUCCUCCAGCUGAAGACGGUGGGCUGGUGCGAGUUUGAGAUCCCCGAGUGGAUGUUCGAUCUCGACCACCCGGGCCACUAUCUGCGACGCAUCAAGAAUGUCUCCAUCACCAUUCCCUGCGUCGUAGGGCCGUUUGUGGGAGUGCACUGUCGCCUGCAGCUUCUAAGCAGCGCGACACGCCUGUACCCCACGCUGCCUACCGCUGCGAAAUGCUGCUGCAACAAGUUCAAUAAGCCAUCAUGUAUAAAGGCUGCUUCGAAACUCACGGCAUGCAAAGACGGAAUGAAUCCGUUUGCAUCACAGUCGUGCGCCGCAGAGCAGAUCUGCACAAGCGCAUACACCGACCCAUCCACCCUCCACCGUGACUUCCUCUCCUCCGAGGCCAUCGCAACCUCCACUGCACAAAACGAUUCAGGCCUCUUCGAGCUCUCCUUCCGCGACGAGGUGCGCCGCGCGCCCUUCGAGUUCGCCGGCGCGGUAGCCAGCCGCUGGCGCGUCGAGCUGCCGCUGCGCAACAACGCGUUUGAUCUCGACUCGGUGACGGACCUGAUUCUCCAGCUCAACUACACGGCUGCCGAGGGCGGGCCGGCCCUGCGCGAAGUCGCGGAUCGUGCGGCGUGGAGACGCUUGCCGGGUGAUGGCGUGCGGUUCUUUGAUGUCAGAUCCGAGUUUCCGAAUGAAUGGAGGGCGGCGUUUGGGCGUGAGGUAGGGACGGGUAGAGGGGCAAUGCAGAGGCCUGUCCAUGUCAGGGGUCAGAAGCAGAAGGGGAAGAAGGGAAAACAUCACGGCCAUCGAUGCUUCCCGCUCGAGUUCAGCAAGCGCACGUUUCCUUUCAUCACUAGCCGGCGAGACGUGGUCGUGUCUAGGAUCGACAUCUUCAUCGACACUGACCAGGCUUGCGGAACUGGACAACGGCAUUUCCCGGCGUGCUUUGUGCCGCAAGCAGGAUGCAAGGACGAUGUCAGGACGUUUGAGUUUACGUCGUCGAGUCGCACGCCGGGAUUCUUUCAUGGCGUGCUGGGUGGGGUGCGGUUCGGGCCGCUGGGUAGCGAUGCGGGUGAGCGGUUUGGGCACUUGAAGUUUCAUGGGGUGUUGGAUGGGGUGGAUGUUAGACGGGUGUAUCUUUUGUGUUAUUAUGAUGCUGUUGAGAGGGAGAGUGAGUGACGGGCGCUAUCGUUAUAUCGAUCUCCUGGUUAGUUGGACACUCGUAGGUCGACGGUGAUCACGGAUGUGACGUGA